CCAGCUGCUAAACUCCACUGGCCACUGCCAGUCCCAAGCCAGACCGGAAGUUUCUGGGGUUCUCUCCGUGGCACAGCUUCGCUGGCUGACCCUAGAUACUCCUGUGGCGUUGUCCCCGGUGCCCUGACUGCUCCCUAGGAUCCUGUUUGUCUUUCUGUCAACAUUUUCUAACCAUAGUUCAGGCUAGACUGACCUAUGCAUACCCCCAAUCCUUGCUUCUGAAACCCUCCAUGGUUACUUCCUAUUACCCCAUCCUCGUUCUGGACCCAGCAGAGGCCCUUGGGUUACAUUCUACAAUAAAGUUCUGGCCCUCACAAUUCCCGCGUGUAAGUCCUUCUCCGACAUGGGCCACGGGCACACACAUGUGCCAAGAGGGAGGGGGAAGGGCAGGGUUGCAUGUGGCCCCCACCUCCUGCCCCUGAGCCAGGGUCCUCUCCCUUGUCUACUGAGUCUCCCGAGAAUUCUUGCUGCUGUGAGAAUUCCGGGCUUCCUGGCCUCAUGACAACACCAAGUGAAACAAGAAGUUCCAGAAUGCGGGUCCUAGGCCUGGGUUGGAGAGGGCCGACGGGCACAGAGCCAGGCCCAGGGGCUCAGGCCGCAUAUAGGCUCAGGUUCAGAACCUGCUGGCUGUGGCUGGUGGGGGUGCCCGACACGUGUCUCAGCAUGGGUCUGGAGCUCUAUCUGGACCUGCUGUCAGCAUCCUGCCGCGCUGUCUACAUCUUCGCUAGGAAGAACAACAUCCCCUUUGACUUCCAGUUUGUGGAUCUGCUAAAAGGUCACCACCACAGCAAGGAAUACAUAAAGAUCAACCCCCUGAAGAAGGUACCCAGCCUCAAAGAUGGAAAAUUUGUCUUAUCUGAAAGCGUGGCCAUCCUUUUCUACCUGUGCCGCAAGUACAGCACACCCUCACACUGGUACCCACCAGACCUGCACACACGUGCCCGCGUGGAUGAGUUCAUGGCCUGGCAGCACACUGCCAUUCAGAUGCCCAUGAGCAGGAUCCUCUGGAUCAAGAUGCUGAUCCCAAUGAUCACUGGUGAGGAGGUUCCAGAUGAGAAGGUGGAGCAGAUGCUGGCAGAGGUGAAGAACAGCAUGCAGCUCUUUGAGGAGAAGUUUCUGCAGGACAAGAUGUUCAUUUCCGGGGACCACAUCUCACUGGCUGACGUGGUGGCCCUGGUGGAGAUGAUGCAGCGUGGGCAGGAGCUGGAAGGCAGGCCUGGGACAGGGAGAAGAACACAACAUUUCUCAGUUAGUCAGCCAUGAUCCUGGAUGCCUCCGCCUCCUGCCGGACCCUCCAGGAAGUGUCCAGAGGCCUCCAAAGUGUCCUUCUGGAUGAAUGCCUCUUUUCUAGAGCACCAGACAUCUAGCUAUACAAGGAAGCUCCCUGGUUCUGGGUCGGAGGGGCAUCCACAGUGCUUUUGGGGGUCCACCUGGGUGUGGGACAGUUAUGUGGUUUCUACAUGCAGGGGAGGGUGGCUAGUUCUGCCCUAGCUGGUAUGCAGGGUGGCCAGUUGAGACCCCGGCCAAUGUCUUGAGAGGCCAACGCAAUUUCUGGCCGGUAUGCAAAAUGUCCGCUUUAGUCCAUGGUCAGUGUGCAGGGCAGAUCAGCACCAGAGAAAAACAUUUCACUUUUUCUGUCUCAGGUGGUGUAGUCCCCUACAUUUCAAGCCCUACCCCUUACAUUUCACCCACCCCACCCCAUUUUGGAGCCCCCAAGCUUUUUGCGUGCAUGUUUCUUAGACUACCUGCUGGGUCUCCCAUUCCAGGCCCUGAGCCUGAUCACAGAGGAAGGUUCAAUGUGGAGGAAAUUCAAUGUGUGAAUUCUUCUCACUCUCAUCUGAGAAUAAGGGAUUUCCCUGGUAGAAGGCAGGGCCCAUGGGAGGUUUCACACUAAAAAGUAGGAGUCAUCUGGGCCAGGAGUCACCUCAGAGAGGGGUUCAGGAACCUUGGAGCAAGACCAGUGGAGAACCUGGAGAUUCUGACCUUCCAGCCCCCACCCCACAUCUAUCACAUAGCGUAUGACCCCUUGCUCAGGCCUGGGAGUGGGAUGGGUCACAGACUCACUCUUUGCAGCGGCAGAUAGGGAGACACCCUGAGGCUGUAGGAGGGGAGGUAGGUAGGGCUGGUCCCCUGGCUGACCAUCUCUUCCUCUUUGUGUAUCUACAGCCCAUGGGAGGCAACUAUGAUGUCUUCCUCAAUAGCUCCAAGAUUGCUGAGUGGCGCAUGAGGGUGGAGCUGGCCAUUGGCCCUAGCCUCUUUGGGGAGGCCCAUGACCGGCUGAUGAGGUUGGCGGAGUGGGACAGUUCAACA